AUGACUUCAAUCGCCAUAGUUGGCGUCUCAGUGGAGCUUCCCAGUGGGAAGUAUUCGCCGAAGAAUCUUGACCAUGACACCUUCUUCAAGCUCUUGCUUGAUAGGGCUGAUGCAUAUGAACGCAUGCCAGCGGAACGUUUCAAUGCAAAUGCAUGGCUCGGAAACCAUCUCGGAGCGAUUCAUGUUGAUACGGGUGCCUUCCUGAAGGACAUCAACAUGUUCGACAAUGUCGAGUUUGGAGUGUCAACUAGGGAUGCACGUAGCAUGGCUCCAGCAACAAGAAGACUCCUUGAGAACGCCUUCCUCGCUUUGCUCGACUCUGGCAUUGAUUAUCGAUCGCGGAACGUUGGCUGCUUUGCGUCAGCGACAGGAUUCGACUUGUCGACCGUAUCUGAACCGGAUGAAUACGACGAACGGGGUUCGUUUGCGGGAUAUCCGUCCAUGGUAGCCAAUCGGAUUUCUACCCAUCUCGAUCUGCUCGGCCCAUCUGUUCCGACCGAUACGGCAUGCAGCUCAACUUUAACCGCGUUCCAUCUCGCGGUCCAGGCCAUCUCACAGGGAGACUGCGAGGCUGCCGUUGUGGCUGGAUGUCAGUUGAACCAUCGCUUCUCUAGGGGAGAAGGUUGUAUAGCUAUAGUGCUCAAACCACUUGAGCGUGCUCUCCAAGAUCACGAUCGCGUCUAUGCCACGGUUUUGGGCACAUCGCUCAAUUCGUCAGGAGGUGCUGCCCCUCCGGGCGCUCCAGUUGCGGACGCGCAGCGCGCGGCGAUGAUGCGAGCGUUUGCGCAGGCGAACAGGAAUUUCAAAGAUGUAGAUUACGUUGAAUUGCAUGCAACCGGUACAGCGAAAGGAGAUCCUACGGAGGCGAACUGGGUCGGCGCGGAAUGUUCGCGUGAAGACGAGCUGCUCAUCGGCAGCGUCAAGAGCAACAUUGGACAUACCGAAAUUGUGGCUUUCCUGGCAUCGUUGUGCAAAGUGAUAUCGAUCUUCAAGACUGGGACCAUACCUCCGGCUGUGAACCUGCGUACGCUGAACCCUGCAAUCGAGUGGGAGAAGCACAAGCUUCGCGUUCCUUUGUGCGCCACGCAACUUCCAUGCCGGAAUGGGAAGAGACCGCUAGUGUCUAUAGCCAGUUCAGGCAUCGGCGGGUCGAACGGCCACGCUGUCUUGGAAGGACCUCCCCCAGCACCUACACUCGACGGUUCGGCAGUAUCUGGUCCGGUGGUCUUGAUGGCAUGCGGACUCUCCUCGCGUAGCGCCACUUCCAUAGGACAGUCGCUGCAAAGCUCGGCACUUGUGGAUUUGCGUGCGCUAUCAACGGCGUUAGGCCGACGUGCUAAGCAGAUGUCCUGGAGGUCCUAUGCUAUCGUUGAGGAGGGCUCCAAAGGCGCCAUCACAUUCUCUGCCCCUCAGCAUUGCCAGCGAACAAAACCUCUCGUCGUGUUUUUGUUCUCGGGUCAAGGCCCACAACACCCGGAUAUGGGUCGCGAACUCUUCGACAGAUUCCCUGUCUUCAGGGAUAGUGUUCUCGAAAUGGAUGUUAUUUUCGAGCGGCUGACGGGAAAGUCGAUUAUCAGGGACCACGGUCUCUUUUCGGGGACGUCCUGCGUUGCGGAUGGAACCUGGCCAAUUUCACUCAUUCUGCCUUCCAUCGCUGUAUUUCAAAUGGCGCUCUUUGACUUGCUCAUACACCUGGGAGUUAGACCCGACGUUGUUCUCGGACACUCUGCCGGUGAAACGUCGGUUCUCUACGCCUCAGGCGCAGCUCCGAAGGCGAUGGCCGUAGAGCUAGCGAUCCUGCGAGGACGAACAUUCUCAUCAAUGGAAGAUCUGGGCGGUACAAUGGCGGCUGUGUCGUGUAUGCCGGAAGAGGCCGAGCUGCUCCUAAAUCAAGUUCGCCGGGAAGACGACAGGAGCAUCAUUGACAUAGCCUGCUACAAUUCUCCGUCUGCGGUUGCCAUCUCUGGGCAUGCAGUAGCAAUAGAUCAGUUCUUGGAGCUAGCACUCGUCCGUGGCUACUUCUGUCGCAAAAUCAGGACCCGAGUACCAAUCCAUUCGUCCAUGAUGGACCGGUGUCGCGACGAAUAUGUCCAGGCGCUUCGUGACCUGUUCGGCCGCUACCCAGGCUGCCAUGUACCGAGCGUUACGACAUAUUCUACAUUGACUGGCGCUCGGUUUGAAGGCCCCUACGACGCCGAAUACUUCUGGAAGAACACGCGGAACCCUGUCCUGUUCACACACACAAUCCAGGAGCUUGCUCGUGCGCAUUCCACGACAACCAUUGAGAUCUCUCCACAUCCUGUUUUGUCGUCCUACAUCUCGCAGAUCACCCAAGGCGCCAGUGCGGUCUUCCCGUCGACCCACAGACGGAAGCAAGGCCGUCCAUCUACGGAACAUCGCGAUCUGUUGGAACUAUGCGGACAACUUACUUCCGCGGGUCACAAUAGUGUCAACUUCACGGUGCUCAAUGGACGCGCGUGUUACGAGUUGAGCACUCCGUUGCCGGAGUAUCCCUUUGUACGAAAAGCAUUUCCUCUAUACCCCGAUACUUCCGAGUGUGUGAAGCAAAUGCAGCCACACAACGGACCGCUGAAUCAUGAUUACCUCAAAGUGAAUAAGGAUACACAUCCGACGCUGGCGGAGCAUGUCAUCAGAGGAGAGCCAAUCAUGCCUGCUGCCGGUUUUAUUGAGAUGGCACUGGAAUAUGGGGCUACGACCUUGAUGAAUGUGGACAUGCGAAGCAUCCUGUCCUUGUCGUCCGAGAGGCCCAUGAAGGUUGAUAUCUCCCGCGAUGGCUUCCUUUGGGCUGUGAAGACUUCGAUUUCGUCCAGUCAUGCCGCUUCGGCGCCGACCGAACGGACACACGCGAGCGGAUACCUGUCAUUUGAACCACCGACGCCCCAGACUCCGUUAGACAUUCCCGCCAUACGUCAACGAUGCGAAGGGUAUACUGGAUCCUCGUUCUAUCAUUCACUUGCGUACUUCUCUGCGUACGGUGCGUGCUUCCGUAGAGUCACGGAAGUCUUUUAUGGCUAUCACGAGGCCUUGGUAUCGAUCAAGGGUAUGGACGAUGCGUUAGAGCGGCCAUUUCAUGGGGACCAUGGCCCGAACAACUACUACUUGCCCGCGCACGUCGACGCUGUCAUUCUUCAUUGCCCUCCUCGGGCUCACUUCUUCCCCGAGCAUAUCUAUACGCACACCGUUCUGAAGAAAUGGACACCUUUUUGCAUCAGCGUCCGUGUUCUAUGA